AACGACCGGCCGGAGUUCCCUGAAUGCGCAUGCGUGAAGCGUUGCCUCACCAAAAAGACUACAAACUCCAGAGAUGCUUGCGGCAGCUCGCGCAAGCGUCCGUAGUUGAAAGUGGCGAAACGUCCAGGCCACAGGAAGUAGAUUGCCCUGGGGCGUGGUUGUUCGCGAUCCUUGCAUCUGUCACUUGGGGUCCAGGCUGGGUCUCGCCCCGCGGACCCUCGGGACGACCGUGCCUCCGCGCAAAUAUGAACUUGGAGCGAGUGUCCAACGAGGAGAAGUUGAACCUGUGCCGGAAGUACUACUUGGGUGGGUUUGCUUUCCUGCCUUUUCUCUGGUUGGUCAACAUCUUCUGGUUCUUCCGAGAGGCCUUCCUUGUCCCGGCAUACACAGAGCAGAGCCAAAUCAAAGGCUAUGUCUGGCGCUCAGCUGUGGGCUUCCUCUUCUGGGUGAUUAUACUCACCACCUGGAUCACCAUCUUCCAGAUCUACCGGCCCCGUUGGGGCGCCCUUGGGGACUACCUCUCCUUCACCAUACCCUUGGGUACCCCCUGACAACUUCUUCUGCACAGGCCCAGGAACCUGCUCAUUCUCCCAGGAUGUGUUCCUCUACUCUAAGCCAACUUUCAAGCCCCUGAGACUUGUUCCCAUCUCCUGUGUUCUCUGCUGACAUCCCCCAAUAAAGGACCCUAAUUCUCUA